AUGAUACUCUUUAUUUUAAUUGUUAUUUUUUAUAUACAUUCAUUUGAAGGGUAUGGUGUGAAAAUUAGUUCAUAUUUAAAAAGUUAUACCAUCGUUUUAAAGAAUCAAACAAAAAGAAGAUGUAAAAAAGGGGUCUUAUACAACGACACUACAAAUGUCAACAUUAGUGAUAGUGGAAAUUAUGAAGAUGGAAGGAAUGACUUGUUCGAAUAUUUUGCUAAACUAUCUUCUGAAGAAGAAGAAAAACUGAAAGAAAUGAAAAAAAAAAAAAAAAAUAUUUCAGUGACAUAUACUCAAAAAUUGCCUAAAAAAAAUAUUUUAUUAAAAAGAUGGAAAUAUGAUUUAUUUGAAAAAAUAAAAGAGAAAAUGAAAAAGGAUGAUGAAAUGAAAAGAAAAACAAAAUUAUCUAAAUAUAAAUAUAAAUUACCAAUUGAUUUUUUUAAGUUAGGUGAUUCAAUAAGAGGAAAAAUUGUAAGUGUCCAAGAUCACUUGAUAAAACUUGAUAUCAGUUCUAUACAUUUAGCUCAUUUAUAUAUAAAACGUUAUUUUAAUGAUAAGACACAGAUUUAUAAAAAAUAUAAAAUCGGAGAAUAUAUUGAUGUUGUUAUUUCAUAUAUUCAUAAAAAAAAUAGUAUCAUACAAGUUACAAAUGAUGAAGAAGAAAUUAAAACUUUGCGUGCAAACUUGAAACGUCUUAAAGAUGCAGGUUUUUUUGAACAUCCAAAAGUCCAAGAAAAAAAAGACUCAAACAUUGUCGAUAAAAUUGUCGACAAAAAUGAGGAUAGUGAAGUUGACGAAGCAAAAAUUGACGACCAUAAAAUAAAGGAAACACUUGGAGUGGAGUUUCAAACAAAUGAUGAACCAAAUGAUUUAAUGUAUAUAAAAGAAGAUAGUGUAAAAAAAAAAAAAAAAUAUAUAACAGAAUAUAAAAUCGAAGAUAUAGUAGAUGGGAUUGUUAAAUUUGUAAAUGAAAAUGGAGCAUAUAUAGAUAUAGGAUGUAAAACACUUGCAUUUCUAAAUUUAGGACAUUACAAUAAAGAUCCUAAUUUAUUUCUUUCAAAUGGAGAGAAAAAAAAAAAAAAAAUACAAGUUGAUGAUUAUUUAAAAAACCUGAAAAUAAGAAAAAUAGAUGUACUAAAUAAUAGGAUUGAAGUUACACCAUAUAAUCUUCAAGAAGAAGCAUGUCUAAGAAUUAUAAAUCAACAAGAAACAGUAAAAGAACAAAAUAAAUAUAUCCCAUCUCUUGCCUAUAUGACAAAUAGCUACCAUAUAAUAAACUAUCUCAAAAAGUAUAAUCAAUUGAAAAAUGAAAAAAAAAAAAAAAAUAUAAAUAAUGAAAAAUCAAAUCAAACUGAUCAUAUUCAUAACUUAUUUGACAAAAGAAGCCAACUAGAUAAAUUAAAACAAGUUACUAGUUUAGAAAAAAAAAAUAUUUCUUCUUUCAUAUUCAAAUAUAAUGAAUUAUCAUCACCUAAUGAUAAUUAUCAAGACAUUUUAGAACAAAAUGCAGACAACCAAGAAUUUAUAAAAGAAAUUAAUAUGGGUCACGACCAACAAAACCAAUUCGAAAAUAACCAUGUUUUUGAUUUACAAUUUUUUAAAAAUCAAAAUAAAAAACUUAAAAAAGAAAUUGAAAAUUAUAGACAAAAUGAAACACAAACAGGCACCUCACCAAAUCAUCAAAACGAUCAAAACCCUAACAUGCUCGAGCAAAUGUUUACAAAAUAUGAUUCUCAAUAUGGAAUCACAAAAGGGAGUAGUAAACACCAAGAGAAUGUUACUCCUUCAAACAUUCCCACCGGGACCAAUAUAAAUAACGACUAUGACAACUAUGACAAUUGCAAUGAUCUAUUUCAUUUAAAAAAAAAUAAUAACGACGAUUAUGAAAACCUUGAGCAAGAUGGAAACAAACCCGCACUUUUAUAUUUAAAAAAAAACCUUGCAAAAAUUAAAAAAAAUAUAUUAGAAGAAACAAACCAAAACCACAAAAAAGUAGAUCAAACAUCUUUUCCUUCCCCAAAUGAACCUGACGAUUUAGUUCCUGAAAAUUUUAAUGACAAUGAGGAUCAAAUAGGAUCACCAGAUUUCGAGCAUCACCAAGAAGAUGCUAACAAAGUCGAAGAUGAUGAUUCUUUUCUUCAAAAGGGGAAUCAAAAAAACUUGUUAGAUAAUGAUGAAUCGGAAAAUGAACAUGAUGAACAAUUUUUUGAUGUCAAAAAAAACUUAGACUAUAUUUUAAGUCAGAACCUAAACAUGAAAAUAACUCAAAGAGAUAAUGAAGAAGAUAUAGAAAAUAAUAGGUUUGGAAUUUAUAAUAGUAAAUAUUAUGACGAUACUGAAAAAGAUAUUGAAGAAGCUUCUAAAUUAUUUGGAGAUGAUAUAAAAACAUGGGAUGAAAAAAUGUAUUACUAUUUUGGUAGUAGAGAUAAUAUUUCUUUAGAUAAUUUAAAUAUUUAUGAUAAUGAUGAGUUUAAAAAUAAUUUACUAAAUAAAAAGGAAGAUCAAUUUGAUAAAUAUGAUGAAAUUUUAGAUUCAAACCAUUGGAAUAUUUCAAAUGAAAAAAAUUUUAUCAGUGCAGUAUAUGCAGAUACACAAAAUCAAAUCUCAGAUCCAAUUCAAACAAAUAAUGAUAAAACAGACUCUUCAUUAUAUGAAUCAACAAAUCAUACCAUCGAUUCAAAUGAUGACAACAACAAUUAUGAGCAUCUAAAUCAGAUGCAAAAUGAUUCGACUUCUAACAUUUUAAAAAAUGAACAAAUCAACCAAUUUAAUAAUUUAGAAGAAUAUAUAAAUACAUUUACAAAUGAUGAACAAACACAAGUAACCCUAAACACAAACCACUCUGAAACUAUUAAUGAUCCUCUACAUAAAUUAUCAAAACAAGAAAUAAAUAACGAGAAUAAUAAUUUAAAAAAUCAAAAUAUAUUUAGACAAGAUAUCCACUCACCAAAAUUAAAAACCAUUCAUAAUCAUUUGGAAAAACUAAAUCAAACUUUUGACAAUAAAAAAGUUAAUGAUACAGAACAUAAAAUAGAUUCAGAAAAACAUGAUGAAAUAAAUAUCGAUCAAAUUGUGAGUAAGGCCUUACAUAUUGGAAAUAUACUUAAAAAAAAUGAAAUAAAAAAAUUAAAAAAAGUGGAAGAAUUAAAAAAAGUAGAAGAAUUACAAGAUGAGGAUUAUACUGCAUACACAACUAAUCAUAAUAAUGAUAAUUUUCAAAAUCCAAUUUUAAAAAUAAAUAAAAAUUUUAAACAUAAAAAUAUCAUGGAACCCGAAAAUGACCUCCUUACAGAAUCACCUGUACAACUAAAUAUAAAUGAACCUGAUUCAAAACAAUUUAAAGAUGGCUAUGAAAAAAAUAUAAACAAGGAUGAUGAACAAUUAAAGGCAUAUAAAAAUGCAUCUUAUGAGGUACAAGGAUAUUAUAAAAGAAAAAUAAAAAGUGUAAUGGACUUGGAUAAUAUGGACAACGAAACAGGUUCAGAAACGGAUUCAGAAACAGAUGCAGAUACAGAUGCAGAGAUCGACUUCUACGAUGAUGACAUAAUAAAUGAACCCCGUGAAAAAACAAAUAACAAAGAAAGUCCCAAACCCAAUAAUCACCAAACAGAUAUAAAUAACAACUUUUUAAAUGUUGACAAUAAAAAGGAUAUGCUUCAUUUAUAUGGAGAAUAUGAUCCAAUAACUCAGGGGGACUAUUUAGAAAAAAUAUUGCAAACAGAAAAAAAUAUGAAUAAGGCAGCUAGUAAAGAUAUUGAGCUUAUCAUUCAAAGUUAUAGACAUGCUAAUGAAUGCCCUGACAAAUUCAUAGAAAAAAUGAACAAAGAAAAAGAAGUUGAAAAUGAUAAUAAACAUAAAAUAAAAACAGAACAAAAUUAUAGCGACGAAUUUCAAAUUGAAAAUAACUCAAAUGGAUUACCUACAAAUUCGUAUGAUAAAUCAAAAAAUAACAUGCAAAAUGAAUUUAACUUUUUAACAGAUACAAGUGUCUGUUUAAAAAUGCUAUCACUAAAAUUGGGACUCCUCAAAGAAUGUGAUUUACAUUUAUCUGAUCAAGAACUAAUCAACCAUUUUAUAAAUAAUAAAAGAUUUAGAAGAGUAUUAAAAUUUUAUAAUGUAAAUAUAAAAAAUGUAACUAUACCUUUGAUUUAUAAAAUUACAAAAUUAUUAUAUUUUGAGAGACCUUUCCCCAAAAAGGAAAAAAAUCAUAAACUUAGCAUUGAUUAA